UGUACAGUGUAUUAAUCAAUUAUUUCAACAUUGUUGUUAUUGUUUCCAGGCAUCCUGCCUGAUAUCCAGAAGGAGUACCACAUCAACAACGACAAGGCCGGCUUGUUGCAGACCGCAUUCGUGCUGAGCUACAUGAUCUUCGCCCCCCUUUUCGGGUAUUUGGGCGACAGGUACAGCCGCAGAUGGAUCAUGGCAGCAGGAGUCUUUCUGUGGAGUCUCACGACCCUAUGCGGCUCCUUCAUGAAUAAUUUUUGGUGGUUCAUGCUUUUCCGUGCUAUGGUGGGUGUUGGCGAAGCUAGUUAUUCCACGAUCGCCCCGACUAUCAUCAGCGAUUAUUUCAUCGGGGACGUUCGCUCCAAGAUGUUGGCAUUGUUCUAUUUCGCCAUCCCAGUUGGCAGCGGUAUGGGCUACAUCGUGGGCUCAGAGACGGCGAAAGCGGUGGGCCAAUGGCAGUGGGCGUUGCGGGUGACGCCGGCCCUGGGCUUGGUGGCCGUGCUGCUCAUCGUCUUCGUUCUGGAGGACCCGGAAAGGGGCCAGAGCGAAUGUAGUGGACACAUCGAGGCGACCCCUUGGCUGGAGGACGUCAAAGAUGUCGUGCAAAAUCGAAGUUUCAUGUUCUCCACUGCUGGAUUCACAUGUGUGGCCUUCGUAGCUGGAGCAUUAUCCUGGUGGGGACCAUCCUUCAUUGAGAUGGGGAUCAAGCUGCAGAAUAGUGGCGACGUAGAUUCUGACAGCGUCGCAUACAAGUUCGGCAUCGUCUCGAUGCUGUCCGGGCUGGUGGGCGUGCCCUUGGGCAGCCUGGCGGCGCAGCGCUGGCGCAACAAGUGUCAGCGCAUCGACGCCUACGUGUGCGCGGUGGGGCUGCUGGCCUCUGCGCCGCUGGUGUUCGUCGCUUGCGUGGCCGCCCGCUAUAGCGUCGACUUGUGUUUCGCGCUCGUCUUUUUCGCCGAGCUGUUCCUCAACCUCACCUGGUCCAUCGUCGCCGAUAUCCUGUUGUACGUCGUUUUACCCACAAGGAGGUCGACUGCAGAAGGAUUCCAGUUGUUGGUGUCGCACGCCUUAGGAGAUGCAGGCAGCCCUUACUUAAUAGGAGUUCUAUCUGAGGCAUUCAAGAUAGGCAUGAGAUCAGAAAACUCUACGACCGACGACACGGAUUUAGCAAAAUUCAAGUCGUUACAGUACGCUUUGUUUUCAACAUGUUUCGUGGAAGUCAUAGGAGGCCUUUUCUUCCUCAUCACCGCCUUCUAUAUCAUCCAGGAUAAACAUAAAGUGGAACAAGCAGUCAAUGGGUCUACCCGACAUCCUCGAAGUGAGCAAGAGGAACAGCUGCAAGUGGAAACGAGUAAUGCUCAGCAGCUUCUAGUGAAUAAUUCAGACGAACGAAAUAUUUCCUGAUUUCGUGUCUACUGAGAACUAUUUAUUUACAUUUUCACCUCACAAUAGACAUCAUCAUCAUCAGUGUUGCGUUUAUGAAAAAGCCGUACUAGAGUUAUAUAUAUAUGUAUUAUUUAUUAAGUGAAGAAAAGUAGUGUGGUGUUUUAGACUUGUGUGUGGAGUUCAAUAGAUUUUUAGAGUCAGAGGACUCGGUGUUUGUUAUUAUAAAAUGUAAAAAUGAGAGUGUGAACUUUAUCGAUGUUGAGCUUCAGAUGUAUACAGAAUGAUUUUUUUUUAUUUCCAUGUAUCUUGCGUGAAUGAACAGACAUUUGAAUGAUUUUUGAAGGUCUAUAAAACUCUUCCGAACCGACUGUGAAGUUUUUGCGAUCCUACUGAUUAGUGUAUUCAAACUGCUCAAAAAUGAAUAUGUUUUCAUUAAAUUUCAGUGUAUUUUUUUCGAUUUUUUUCUCAAACCGUCAUUUGUAGUUCUGAUUAUUAGCAAUUCAUCACAGAGAUGAAUCGAACAAAAUAGUUUCAGCUAGUGUGAAAUUUAGAUUCAUUAAAAUGCAUUGAAAAUCAAUGGAAACGAUGAUCUAGGAUAAGUACAUUCAAAGAUCUGAUAAUAUCGAACUACGAGAUGGUGCCAAUAGUAAGAAAGAGGGAUGGAAAUCAACAUGAAAGUGAGACGGUACGAAAAAAGGUGAACUUGGGAAAACAUUGCGACGCCAUGUUACAAGAUUCAGAUGAUUGAUUAUUGAAACUCAAUGGAGAAAAAUGCUGGAUGAAAACCUCACGUCUUCCGAGAACUGAACAGGGGUUUUGAAUGAUUGCAAUUAUGAAAUUAUAACAGAGAGCCAAGGAGCAGCUACCAGCUGAUGGUUGGGAAAACACUGUUUCUGUCUUUGUUACAUAUCUAUGGUCCUAUAUCUCUUUUAUGUUACUUGGAAAGGCACGUCUAGUGGUUUGAUGUUAUUGAAUGUUCUAGUAUAUAGGUACAUUGAACAACUUUGUAUUUUCUUUCCUAUUGGAUUCAUCAUCAUUUUAAUAUAUGAUUUUUUCCAUCAUGGAAGAAAUUGCUCAAAUUGAUAAACAUUCAAAAUUUUGGAAAAAAAUGCUGAAACUGAUAUAAAUGCUUCCUACAAUUCAGUGGAGAAAUUACUAAAACCGAUGAAUUUUCGUCCUACAUCAAUGGAUUUUAUUGAUUUCAAAGUCGCAAAAUAUUUCUUUGUGUAGAAACACUGUAUCAGCAUGAAAUUUCAAAAGGACUUUUCUUUUUUUUCUGAAAUGUUAUCUCAAAUUCAUAACAUGUCUCCUUUCACUUUCAAAAUUUUUCUGUCUAUUGUACCUACCAGUAAUUAUUGUAAAGAAAAUCUCAGCAUUUCGAAACCAAAUACAUAAAUGCAUGUGUAAAGUGAUUCAAUUCGGAAAUAUGUAUAUCUAUCAAUACUGAUAAUGAAAAAUAUGAUUGUUAAACAAGGGAAUGUUAGUCUUUUUCCACGAAACUGAAGUUCGCAGCAUGAGCCGUAGGUGAAUGCUGCAAAUCAUACGAGUGAGAAAUUAGCAUUCCUUCCGAGUUAUACACUGAACUUUUUUACGGCUGUAACAGAUAAAAGCGGAAUUAUUUAUUUGUUCGGCAUGUAGUCAUCUGAUUUUCUCUUAGGUAAUGCUCAUCUAUUAGACAGAGCUGCCAUGCUUGAAAUUUCACACUUAAUGGGAGAUGAUAUUUUGUGAAAUAAUAACAAUAAAGUAAUUGUGAUAUCAGAUCCGGAAAUGAAAUUGAUGACAUACAAAGUACCUCAUUAAUGGAUCCAACACAAUAAAACAAGAGCAAUUUUGUGUUAUAGCCGUAUAAGAAAAUACAUUUUACUUCCAGUUGAGGUUUUCAGAAAAUCGAAUAUUCAACAAAACAUGUGAGAAACUUCCUUGUUCGUAUCCCACAAUAAUUCUCAUAUCAGUUAACAUCAUAUCAUUUACAUAAUGAACAAUGAUUAUUGUAAAAAUUGAUUUCCAUGAUUACCCAAACUUUCUCCACAUUGAAUAAUUUUAGAAAUGAAAACAGCUUGGACAAUGAAGACUGAAGAUAACAUUUUGUAUAUUUAAGUUUAUAUAUUAUUUUUAUUGUAAUGUACGUCAUAUCGUUUCCCAAUGAUUUAUUUAUAUUAAAACAUGUGAAUGUAAAUCU